GUUUUUUCUGUCUGUGCAGUGGGGCUGUCGACUCGACUCUUGGAGUCCGGACAUUCGCUGGGAGCGGGAUUCCGCAUCGGCCCUGCUCCGUCUUUACAGGGAAGGGGGACAAUGAAGUAGUAAACACUCUCUUCUUCUCCUUGUUGCGGAAUUAACCCCCCCCCAUUUUGUGUCGGCGCUCUCUGCGGUCCAUUCCUCCGCCGUAGGAUCAUGCGGCUGCAGUAGGAUUCCGCUUGUUGUGGACAGUUUUUACAAGAAGUUUGAACAUCGAGCUCCGAGGCAGAAAAUGUCCACGCCGAGGUUCAAAAAGGACAAGGAAAUCAUCGCCGAGUAUGAGAGUCAGGUCAAAGAGAUCAGAGCCCAGCUGGUGGAGCAGCAGAAAUGUUUGGACCAGCAGACAGAAAUGCGAGUCCAGCUGCUGCAGGACCUUCAGGACUUCUUCAGAAAGAAGGCAGAAAUUGAGCUGGAGUACUCCAGGAACCUGGAGAAGCUGGCCGAACGCUUCAUGGCCAAGACCCGGAGCACCAAGGAUCACCAGCAGUACAAAAAAGACCAGAAUCUGCUGUCGCCGGUCAACUGCUGGUACCUGCUGCUGAACCAGGUUAGGAGGGAGAGUAAGGACCAUGCAACACUGAGCGACAUCUACCUCAACAACGUCAUCAUGAGGUUCAUGCAGAUCAGUGAGGACUCCACACGGCUACUCAAGAAGAGCAAGGAAAUAGCGUUCCAGCUUCAGGAAGACUUAAUGAAAGUCCUAAACGAGCUUUACACAGUGAUGAAGACCUACCACAUGUACCACUCGGAGAGCAUCAAUGCUGAGAGCAAGCUGAAGGAAGCUGAGAAGCAGGAGGAGAAACAGAUUGGCCGGGGGGACCCUGUGUUCAGCAUACGGAUGGAGAGGAAGAUUGAGAAGAUAAAGGAGAAGCGCCAAGCCAAGUACUCUGAGAACAAGCUGAAGUCCAUCAAAGCCCGAAACGAGUACCUGCUGACACUGGAGGCAACAAAUGCAUCCGUUUUUAAAUACUACAUCCAUGACUUGUCAGACCUGAUUGACUGCUGUGAUUUGGGAUACCAUGCAAGUCUGAAUCGGUCUCUGCGGACCUACCUAUCAGCAGAGUACAACCUGGAAACGUCGCGUCACGAGGGUCUCGAUAUCAUCGAGAACGCGGUGGACAGUCUGGACCCUCGAAACGACCGACAGAGGUUUAUGGAGAUGUACCCCACGGCCUUCUGCCCUCCAGCAAAAUUUGAUUUCCAAUCUCACAUGGGAGACGAAGUGAGUCAGGUCUCUUUACAGCCACCAGUAAAUGGGGAGCUCAUGCUGAGGUUCCAGCAGCUGCAGUCUCGCUUGGCUACUCUAAAGAUUGAAAACGAGGAGGUCAAAAAAACAUCAGAGGCCACUUUGACCACCAUCCAGGACAUGGUGACCAUCGAGGACUAUGACGUGUCCGAGUGUUUCCACCACAGCCGGUCCACAGAGUCGGUCAAGUCCACCGUGUCGGAGACGUACCUCAGCAAGCCCAGCAUCGCCAAAAGAAGAGCCAACCAGCAGGAGACAGAGCAGUUUUACUUCAUGAAAUUCCGUGAGUUUCUGGAGGGCAGUAAUCUCAUCUCCAAACUGCAGGCCAAACACGACUUGCUGAAGAAGACACUUGGUGACGGCCACCGAGCUGACUACAUGACCACAAGCCGCGGACGUCGGAACUCACACACUCGGCAUCAGGACUCUGGACAAGCGAUCCCACGAGUGGUAGAAAGUUGCAUUCGCUACAUAAAUCUAUAUGGCCUCCAGCAUCAAGGAAUCUUUCGUGUUUCUGGAUCCCAGCUGGAAGUUAAUGACAUCAAGAACUCAUUUGAGAGAGGAAACGACCCUCUGGCUGAUGAUGAGAAUAACCAUGACAUCAAUUCGGUAGCUGGUGUUCUCAAGCUGUACUUUCGGGGUCUGGAGAAUCCUCUUUUCCCCAAGGAGAGGUUCAGCGAGCUGUUAUCGUGCAUCAGAAUAGAGAACCUGUAUGAGAGAGCACUGUACAUCCGUAAGAUCCUCCUGACCAUUCCCAGAUCUGUCCUUAUCGUGAUGCGUUACCUCUUUGCCUUUCUGAACCAUCUGUCCCAGUACAGCGAUGAGAACAUGAUGGACCCGUACAACUUGGCCAUAUGUUUUGGCCCUACGCUCAUGCCUACACCAGACACCCAAGACCAGGUCUCCUGCCAGGCUCAUGUGAACGAGAUCAUCAAGACCAUCAUCAUCCACCAUGAGACCAUCUUUCCUGAUGCCAAAGAACUGGAGGGGCCCAUCUACGAGAAGUGCAUGGCUGGUGGGGACUACUGUGAGAGCCCCUACAGUGAGCAUGGAGCCCUGGAGGAGGUGGACAAUGAGGGAGGGACAGAGACACACACCAGUGAAGAUGAGGGGGAGCCUAUUGAAGCCAUAGCCAAGUUUGACUACGUUGGGCGCUCCUCACGCGAAUUAUCCUUCAAGAAGGGUGCAUCCUUGCUGCUUUAUCAACGAGCGUCUGAGGACUGGUGGGAGGGGAGGCACAACGGCAUUGACGGCCUGGUGCCACACCAGUACAUUGUAGUCCAGGACAUUGAUGAUAAUUUCUCAGACACUCUGAGUCAGAAAACUGACAGCGAGGCAAGCAGUGGCCAUGCUGGGGAGAAUAAAUGCCCAGGGAAGGACAUCAGCUCGUCCACUGAUGCCAAGAUUUCUGAGACCUACAUCACCAGCAGGCACAGGAAAAGAUCUGACCCACCAUCUCGCCGGCCCCCCGCCCGCCCCAGCAACGUUCACUGCAUGUUGCAUUCCUCCCAGCAGGGCCACAGCGGGACUCCAGAGAUGGGCUCUCCAGUUCUCGGCCACUUCAGCCCACGGGACAUGCUUCGAAGUAAUAACCACAUGCACAUUGACAGCCCUGAGCGACGGCGCCGGACUGGUCACGGCAGCCUCACGAACAUCAGCCGCAACGAAUCCCUGAAGAAAAUGGAGAGUCCGUCAAUCCGUCGCUCCACCUCUUCAGGCCAAUACACAGGCUUUACUGAUGGCCAUCUUCAUCAUAGUGGCAAGUCCCUGGAUCCGGAGACCAUCGCACAGGACAUAGAGGAAACUAUGAACACUGCUCUGAAUGAGCUGCGCGAGCUGGAGCGGCAGAGCUCAGCCAAGCACGCCCCUGACGUGGUGCUGGACACCCUAGAGCAGCGCCCGACCUCUGGUAGCAGCGGAGGGGGUGCCAUGCUGGCAAGUUCCAAUGAGUCCCUGAGCCCCAUCCACGGCGUCAUGCUUAGGUCAACUGCCAACACUGAGCCGCCCAUUCGCCGCAGCACAAGCUCCUCCAGCGAGGCCAUGAGUACCUUCAAGCCCAUGGUGGCACCACGCAUGGGGGUGCAGCUGAAACCCCCCGCUUUGAGGCCCAAGCCUAUGGUCAUGCCCAAGUCCAACCAGGUCUCGCAGCCUCCUACUGGAUCAGCUCAAGACCCCUUGGACAAGUCGUGCACCAUGUAACAUCUGAAACUGAAAAAAAAAAAGAUGCAAAGCAAAAGUCUUGUGGUGUCGUUGGUAAAGUACACAAAACAGAUACUCUAAUAGGAUCUGAGAGACCUCUGUAGGUUUUAGUUAACAUUGUAGUCUUGUUUGUCAGACGGAUCUCGUGUCUCAACGUUGUGCUGAAUUUUGGGUUAAAAUACGUCAUUUCCAACAUCUGAUGUUUACUGAAUAAAUUUGAACAACAAAUCACAGUUGCUUCCUUGCGAGUAUA